AUGGAUGUAGAUAGCACUGGUGGCGCGCAGGCUAGUCAUCAGCUUGUUAGUACUUGUCUUGGCGUGUUGGUGAGCCGCGCGUCUGAACUGGUUUUCUGCUUUGUUUUGUUUGUGUGCUCGCUUAAGAUGUGUCGAUCACGUAUGCUGAGUUCUUUUGUAGUAAGGUCUAAUGUUGGCAAAUUACGCCUAUCUUGUCCGAUGUUGUCAAUAUCAAGUGCCCAAGUGACAUGUUUUGUGCGAGGUUGGUUGCCCAAACUGGCGAUGGAUGAUACCGCUGGUACUGCUGCUGUGGCCUGUGACUCCCCGUGCUUCCUGGAACAUCUGUCGUUGGCGGCGAUACGCAUAGAAUUGGUCCAGUGUAGCGGUGGCAUCAUCUUUGUGUUUGAGGGUAAAGAGGAAGAUCAUGUCGCAGUUGGCAUCUACGUAUUUGAUAAUUGA